AUGAAUAUGAGUGAACUUGUAACAAAUGAUAAUGAUUCCUUUAUAGAUACACCAAGCUGUCAAGAAAACGGAUCAUCAAGCAUACCUAAUUCUACUUUUUCAAGUCUACCAAAUGAUCAAAGUACGAAUUGCCUCAUGUUCACUCCUGACCAUUUCCUC